AUGACUGGCUCAUUCAACUUGGCGGGAGAGAAGAUCUCUGCUGCUCUUCCAGACGAUAGUCGCAAGUGGUACCAGAGACGCAACCUUGUCAAGCUGAAUUUCUAUAUGUUUAGCUUCAUCCUCUACGCAGCAGCGAUCGGCUACGACUCUGCGCUGACAAACGCUAUACAAGCUUUGCCCCAAUGGCAAGAGUUCACAGGGCAUCCCACUGGCACGUGGCUGGGGUUCAUCAACUCGUGUCCGUUUAUCGGCACCUGCUCCAUCAUUUUUUUCGUGCCUUACUUCUGCGACAGGUUUGGCCGUAAAUUGGUGAUUUUUGCAACCUCGUUCUUUAUCUGGAUCGGAGCUAUAGUGGCCGCAUCGGCCAAGAACAAUGCAGCGUACAUCAUGGGACGGAUUAUGAUUGGGUUUUCGUUUGCUUGCAACUACGCCGCCUCGCUGUAUAUCAACGAGAUGGCAUUUCCGACCACUAGAGGAAAAUUCUCGGCAGCUUACCACUCAAUGUUUUACUUUGGCGCGCUGAUGGUGGCAUGGAUUGUUUUUGGCACCAGAUCGCUCCCAAGCAGCAACAGCUGGAGAAUUCCGCUUGCGUUACAGGCGUUUCUACCCACUGCUCUGAUGCCUUCUCUGCUGAUGGCUCCCGAAUCACCAAGAUGGCUUGCGUCCAAGGGAAGGUUGGACGAAGCACGAGAAAUUCUCAUGAAUUAUCAUGCAGACUACGAGGAAAUGUACGUCCCGCUCGUGGAUCUUGAGGUUGCCGAGAUCGUGGCUUCGAUCGAGGCCCAGAAGGCCAACAACUUGGCGUCCUGGAGAUCGCUCGUGGCUACUCCUGGAAACAGGAAACGGAUGUUCAUCGGCUGCUUUACUGCUGCCUCGUGCUCCUGGUGUGGAACAGGCAUUGUCUCGUCGUAUCUGAGCACGGUGCUGGACGCCGUGGGUAUCACGAACACGCUCAAGAAAACCCUGAUCAAUGCUUGUCUACAGCUGUUCAAUUGGCUAUGCGCAGUCACUGGCGUGAUGCUGGUCGACAAGGUGGGAAGAAGGACGCUUUUGUUGAUGUCCAUGAUUUCUCUGUUCAUUUUCUAUAUUCCGCUGACUACAAUCACCGCAGUGUACCAGGAAACAGGCAAGAAUGUGGGCCAGGGCAUCAUCGUGUUCAUUUUCCUUUGUCUGGGGCUCAACAAUGUGGCAUUUAGUCCUCUCGUCACGGCAUAUCCAGCAGAGCUGUGGCCCCAGGUCACGAGAUCAAAAGGGCUUUUCUCAGCAAUGUUCAUCCUGAAUGCCACCACGUUCUUCAAUAUUUUUGUCAACGGAAUUGCUCUGAACGCAAUCCACUGGAAGUACUAUUGUGUCUAUCUGGGAGUGCAGCUGGUGAUUAUCUGCGUCAUAUAUUUUGUUUUUCCCGAAACCAGGGGCCACUCUUUGGAGGAGAUUGCACUUAUUUUCGACAAGGACGAUAUCACACAGAACGCGCUGGGAUCGAUCCAGGUGAUCAAGUCAAAGUCUGGCAGCGGCAAGGUGGAGGCUAUUGUGUCUGUGACGGAGGUGCCCGCAGGAUCCGAUGUAAGUCAGGUUUAA